UUAAUAUUGAAGUUAGUUUGAAUAAUGGUGACGAAGAAAUUGCACAUACUCUUUUUAAUCGUAACUCUAUCCCUUGUAACCAAAUGUCUGGAUGAUUUCUUCAUUGACCCACAAGACAUCACAGAAAUUGUAGAAAUUCCUAAAACUCCAGAGAUAGCAUAUAUUGAAGACAAUGAGGACAUUAUCAAUGAUUGCCACCCUGAUUUUCCUAAUUUAUCAAUCGGAGAUCACUUCUUAGAAGAGGAAGGAUUUGAUUUAAAAACAUACAAGAGUAAUCAUAAGAUAUUCGUUCUAGGAAUUUCUGAUAGCAUUUGUGAAAACUGUUGUAAGGGCGAAAUCCUCCUCGGACAGCUGAACCAAUUAUUUAAAGCAUCUAAAAUUUCAUACAAAAACAACCCGAUUCCAAUUGUUCGUGUUGACAUUAACAAAUCGAGGAACUUCAGCUAUUCAGAAGGGAUGUCCUUUAGAAAUGUCCCUAAGAUAUUUCUAUUCCAAAAAGGAAAAUAUUUUGAGUACGAUGGAGAUUUUGAUGUCAAUUUGUUGCUCCAUUUUAUCAAUAGACAUCUCUAUCCAGUUGUGCUUCUCAGAACUCCAAGAGAGCUCAAUAAUUUCUUAAACAUAUCAAUGGAAUGGGAGGAAAACACCCCAUUUUAUCAAGAUGAAUACAGAAGUAUCGGGCCCUACUUUAGCAGCCUCAAUAAAGUCACAAGGGUCAUCGGAAUGGAAAUGGACAAGUAUGAGACUGAUGAGUUUUCGAGAACGGCAUUACAACUUGGAUUCAGAGAGGACCUCAGAGUAGCCAGAAUCACCACAAAACAGCUAAAAUCUGCUUACCAUUUCCUUUCUAAUGAUCUAGAACUAAAUAUGGAAAGAAAUUCAAUUGUUUUAGUCAAAAAGAUGAGAGAUAAGGAAUAUCCGGUAGCUUCAGUUUAUGAUUUGAAUACUCAAACAACUCCUAUUGUCACAUGGAUAAACCAAGAAAGCUUAGAGCCAUUGGAAGAGCUCUCUCCAGAGUCAUACAAAAUUGUGAAUACCAUUCAAAAACCAAUGUUUUUAGUCUUCAUCAAUAGAGAGCAUGAAAGAUACAAAGAACAAUCCCUAGAGCUUUAUGAGAGACUAACAUAUAUUGCUCCAAAUUACCCGCAGUUUAUAUUUAUGUUUACAGAGGACACUGAGAAUUACUCUAAAAAGAGGUACUUGGGAAUCACCUGGAAAGAGGAGCCUGCAAUGGCACUUAAUCAUAUGCAAAGUGUUGAUACUAUUGUGUUUCCCAGAAGAAGACCUUUUACAACUAAGAACAUUAAACAGUUUAUUGAUGAUUUCGUCAAUGGGGAAUUAGAUUCCACCGGCACCACUCUGUACUUUGAAAAUCAGUAUUUAGAAUUAAUGCCAAAUGUGAUUCACCUGAAUAGGGAAAAUUUCAGUACCGAAUGCUUUUCGAAAGAAUAUGACACUCUACUCCUUCUCUAUGAUGCCUAUGAAGAUGAACAGGAGAACACAAUGGCUUGAAAAUUUUAUGAAAAAGCAGCAAAAAGAUUCAAAGCACUUUCAAUCGAUUCCUUGAAGAUAUUUGCCUAUGACAUCUAUGAACACUCAAUACCUGAAGAGAUUGGGUACACUCAAGAUUUGCCCCAGUUGAUUCUCUUCCCAGCUUCACCAUAUGGGAAUAGUGGCGCAAGAUACAUCCAGGAUAUUAGAACGGAGAGAUUGAUGAAGAAAGUUCAGGAAAGUGUCCACAUACCUUUUGAAUUGCCUCCAAACUACCAUUUAAGCAAUGAAGAAAUUGCAAGAUUUGAAAUAGGUCUUCCUCUUGAAGAUCUUUAAGCUCUGCUUUAUUGCUCCAAGAUCUGGUAUAACCCGAGAUCAGUAGUUUCCUAGAGUCUAAUUACUCCUCUUACAUGCACUUACAC